CGCCCGGCCCGGCCCGCGCGCCCGCCAUGGCGCAGGCCGCGCCCGCGCCCCAUCGCACCCACUCCUUCGCGAAGAAGACCUUCCACAAGCCCACGUACUGCCACCACUGCUCCGACCUGCUGUGGGGCCUCAUCGGGCAGGGCUACGGCUGCGAAGUGUGCAACUUUAUAGUUCACGAGCGAUGCGUGGGGCAGGUGGUAACGCCGUGCUGCGGGGUGGCGCCGAGCCUAAUCAAGAACCCAGUAGCUCACUGCUGGUCGGAGCCGACACACCACAAGCGGAAGUUCUGCACGGUGUGCCGAAAGCGGCUCGAUGAACUGCCAGCUUUACACUGCAUGAUAUGCGAGUACUAUGUCCACGGCGAAUGUGUGGACUUCGCGGCGGCCGACUGCAAGGAGAACGCGACGUACUGCGCCGGCAGCGAGCCGCGCCACGUGCACCACUGGCGCGAGGGCAACCUGCCGGCCAACAGCAAGUGCGCCGCCUGCCGCCGCGCCUGCUGGUCCGCCGAGUGCCUGACGGGCUACCGCUGCGAGUGGUGCGGCAGCACGGUGAGCCCCGCCCCAGUGACCCCCUGCCCGCCACAGCAAGUGCGCCGCCUGCCGCCGCGCCUGCUGGUCCGCCGAGUGCCUGACGGGCUACCGCUGCGAGUGGUGCGGCAGCACGGUGAGCCCCGCCCCAGUGACCCCCUGCCCGCCACAUGCGCCGCCUGCCGCCGCGCCUGCUGGUCCGCCGAGUGCCUGACGGGCUACCGCUGCGAGUGGUGCGGCAGCACGUGUCACGCUGGCUGCCGCGCACUCAUACCGGAGGAAUGCAACUUCGGGAUGCUGCAGCCCAUCUUCCUGCCGCCGUCCGCGGUGUCCAUCCCGCGCACCGAGGUGCCCAUGGAGGCCAUCAUCGGCGUGCACGUGCGGCCGCCGCCCUCGCAGCGCGACUUCGGCUGCCCGCGCAGCGUCAGCGAGGAGUUCAGCUCGGGCUGCGAGGGCCGCUCGGGCUCCGGCGGCGGCUCCACGGGCGCGCCCGCCGACCAGGACCACAAGCCCGACCACAAGCAGCACAGGGACCGCACUCCUGACGACAGGGACGAAGCGUAUAAUAAAAAAACGAAAAGUCAAAAGAAGCAAUCGAGAAUCCGAAUGUUUCCAACAGAAGUAGUGAAGGUGUACGACGGCGAGGCGGCGUGGUCGCGCCGGUUGUACCGGCCGGUGGUGGUGGGUCGCAACUGGAACGAGCGGGAGCUGGUCUCGGCGGCUCUGCGGGCCUUCCACGUGGUCCGCGACCCGGACCUCUUCGAACUCACGGACGCUCUGGCGGGCGACGAACCCCCCUUGAAAGACCCCACGCCUCUGGCCAGGGUCACCAGGCUGCCAAACAAGCGGCCGGCGCUGUUUUUGCGCUUCAAGGAACCAGAGACGGGAGGCGGAGAGGUCCGGGUGUACCCGGGGCGCAUCGCUGGCGCGGGAGACACCUUCGUAACGGUGGUCUGCCGCGGCGACGACGCCGUCACCGACCUCAUGGCCGCGGCGCUCGAGCGCUUCGGCCUGGACCCCACCACCGCCGCCAACGACUUCCGCUGCUCGGAGAUCCUGCUCGAUAGGGGCGUGUCAGAACGAGUACUCGAAGAAGACGAGCGACCGUGGCGCAUCGUGGUGCGGCUGGCACGGGAGUCGGUCCGGCGCAUGGAGCUGGCCCGCUUCUACCUGCAGCCGCGGCGCGACCCGCACGGGCCCACGCUCGCGCUCUUCGUGGCCUCGCUGCCGCCGGGCCUGUCGGAGAGGAACUACGAGAACAUCUUGGUGGAGUUCCUAGGCACCGAAAACAAGUUCACAUCAAUCGGGCCGAUUUACUACGAGUACGGGUCGAUGGUGAUAACAUACGAGGACGCCAGUAAGGCGGUACGCGCGCUCUACGCGCUUAGAGAGGCCAAAUAUGAAGAUAAGCAUUUAUUAGUGAUGCUGCUACCAAGCAUCGAGCCGUCAAUGGUGCCGGCGGGCGUGAAGCCACUGCUGGUGUUCGUGAACGUCAAGUCCGGCGGCUGCCAAGGGCUGGAGCUCAUCUCUUCCUUUAGAAAACUUCUUAACCCUUAUCAAGUGUUCGACCUAGAGAAUGGCGGCCCCCUUCCGGGGCUGUACGUGUUUCGUCACAUUCCCAACUACAAGAUCCUGGUGUGCGGCGGCGACGGCACCAUCGGCUGGGUGCUGCAGUGCCUCGACAACGUGGGCCAGGACUCGCAGUGCUCCAACCCGCCUUGUGCCAUCGUUCCCCUCGGCACUGGCAACGACCUAGCGCGGGUUCUCCGCUGGGGCUCCGGCUACACCGGCUGCGAGGACCCGCUGUCGCUGCUGCGUGACGUCAUCGACGCGGAGGAGAUCCGCCUGGACCGCUGGACCGUGGUCUUCCACCCAGAGGACAAGCAGGACGAGCCGAAAGAACUGUCGAAGCAACUGCCUGGCUCGCAGUCCGAGGACAACUCGCAGAUCCUCGUCAUGAACAACUACUUCGGCAUCGGCAUCGACGCGGACCUCUGUCUGGACUUCCACAACGCGAGGGAGGAGAACCCUAACAAGUUUAACAGCAGGUUGCGUAACAAGGGCGUGUACGUAAAGAUGGGUUUACGCAAGAUGGUGGGGCGGAAGAUGUGCAAAGACCUGCACAAGGCGGUCAAGCUGGAGGUGGACGGGAAGCCGGUGGAGUUGCCGGCGGUGGAGGGAAUCAUUAUUUUAAACAUCCUAAGCUGGGGGUCCGGCGCAAAUCCAUGGGGUCCAGAAAAGGACGACCAAUUCAACAAGCCCAACCACUGGGACGGAAUGCUGGAAGUGGUGGGCGUCACCGGGGUGGUACACCUCGGGCAGAUCCAGUCGGGCCUCCGGGGAGCAAUGAGAAUAGCACAAGGUGGACACAUCAAAAUAAACCUGAAGAGCGAGAUACCAGUGCAGGUGGACGGCGAGCCGUGGGUGGCGGCGCCCAGCGAGGUGGUGGUGCUGAAGUCCGCGCUCAAGGCCACCAUGCUCAAGAAGCGCGGCAAGGUUCGGCGGCGGAACACGGAGCCGGCGCUGGCGCGGCCUCCCGAGCGGCCCGAGCGGCCUGCCGAGCGGUCCGAGCGGCCUGCCGAGCGGCCGCCGGCGCCGCGGCCGCCGCCCGAGCGGCACGCGCGGCCGCCGGACUCCUGA